AUGGCUACAGGGGUCUUGAAGUGUCCAACCGACCCGCAUGCUGUCAAGAAAGUGCAUAUCGAUUUGUGGGAUGAGGAUUCCCUCCCCCUGGAAUCAGAUGAUCUGAUGGGUCGAACGUGGAGUGAUGCGAAUGGAAACUUCCAAGUCACUGGCUGCGCCAGCGACUUCGGACCCAUCAACACACCCGACCCAUACAUUUAUAUUGAACAUGACUGCCCGCAUCGGUAUACAAAUGCCACGGAUCCGAUUCAGAUUGACGUGAUCCCCCUGUUCCUUCCAUCAAUCGUCCGUCUCGGCAACAUCUACCUGGAUCGAUAUCUAGAUGACUACUGA